AUGGGACGAACUUACUGCGAGAAUGGAAAGCUCAACUUAUACGAGUAUGAGCCAUCGAUUGUCGCGGCCGUCAUCUUCGCCGUCAUCUUCGCCGCUCUGACUGCCGGCCACGUGUUCCGCAUGAUCAGAUCGAGGCAAUGGUUCCUGACUGCACUCGUCGUCGGUGGUGGAUUUGAAAUCGUGGGUUUCGUCAUUCGCAUCACAGGCCACAACGACCCAUGCGUCAGGAUCACUUAUAUCCUGCAGACGGUCUUGAUCCUCAUUGCGCCCGCUAUCUUCAGUGCCACCAUCUACAUGAUCCUCGGGCGAACUGUUCGUGCCAUCCAAGGCGAUGCUCUCUCCCCAAUCCGACCGACGCGGCUGACCAAGAUAUUUGUGGCUGGAGAUGUCCUGUGUUUUUUUGUUCAAGGCGGAGGCGGUGGAAUUCUGUCGAGCGCAGACAACGACAAGACAAAAGCCAACUUGGGCAAAUACGUCAUCCUGGCCGGUCUAGCUCUGCAGAUUGUGCUGUUCGGACUGUUCAUCAUCGUCGCGCUGAUCUUCCACUCGCGCAUCCGUAAGCAGCCGACGCCGAAAUCAACACGCCCGGAGAUCCAAUGGCAAACGAUGCUGCAUGUGCUCUACGGUGUCAGUCUGUUGAUCAUGGUUCGAAAUCUGUUCCGUGUCGUCGAGUAUGGUCUCGGGCGCGAUGGGUAUCUGUUGUCACAUGAAUGGCCACUUUAUGUGUUUGAUGCAGCGCUCAUGAGCCUUGUCAUGGCGGCACUGCUCUGGUGGUUCCCUACCAUGAUCCGACCAAAGGAGGUCUACGGAAUGGACGAUCUGGAGCCCAGGCCCACUGUGAAUGGUAGCCCUGGAUAUCAACAAUCGCCUUCUCCAGCUUCUUCUCACCAACCCCACUUGCAGAAGUAG